AUGUUCCGCAAGAGUUGUACAUUCACCUCGCGAGGUUCAUCACCGUUCGCAACUCCUGUAUCUGAGAAUCGAGGAGAUCGUAAGUGUAGGGCAGAGGAUCGUGAUUGUUAUGGAAAAGAUCGCGUGCGUCGAAAACGAGAUGCUCCACUC